GGCCUCGCAGUCGCCGUGGACGCCGUUCUUGCGCAUGGAGUCGCCAUUUUGCUCCUAGAGAAGCCGCCUGGAGAGCCGGCGCUUUCUUCCUUCGGCAGCCGAGGCUGCGGCGGGGCCGGGGCUGGGGUCGGGGCCAGGAGGAAUUUUGUUGUCAGAGAAUAAAAGGAGGUUGUCCAUAAUUGACUUUAAGCAGCAAACAGUAAAACACUGAGCUCUUCAGCUCCGCCUUUCUUGCUCUGAGAAUUGGAAAACCAAGAAGGUUUUGAUGUUUUGUGUGGCGCCACCUGAAUUAGAAACCAAGAUGAACAUAACGAAAGGAGGUCUGGUGUUGUUUUCGGCAAAUUCUAACUCCUCGUGUAUGGAGCUUUCAAAGAAAAUUGCUGAGCGGCUGGGGGUGGAGAUGGGCAAAGUGCAGGUUUACCAGGAACCUAACAGAGAAACAAGAGUACAGAUUCAAGAAUCCGUGAGGGGAAAGGAUGUUUUCAUCAUCCAGACUGUCUCAAAGGAUGUAAACACCACCAUCAUGGAGCUCCUGAUUAUGGUGUACGCGUGUAAGACCUCCUGUGCCAAAAGCAUCAUCGGCGUGAUUCCCUACUUUCCUUACAGCAAACAGUGCAAGAUGAGAAAAAGAGGCUCCAUUGUUUCUAAACUGCUGGCUUCGAUGAUGUGCAAAGCAGGUCUAACUCAUCUUAUUACUAUGGAUUUGCACCAGAAGGAAAUUCAAGGCUUCUUCAACAUUCCUGUUGAUAAUUUAAGAGCAUCUCCCUUUUUACUGCAGUAUAUUCAAGAAGAGAUCCCGGACUACAGGAAUGCAGUGAUCGUGGCCAAAUCUCCAGCCUCGGCCAAAAGGGCACAGUCUUUUGCGGAGCGCCUGCGACUGGGAAUUGCGGUGAUUCACGGGGAAGCGCAGGACGCCGAGUCCGACUUGGUGGAUGGACGGCAUUCCCCGCCCAUGGUCAGGAGUGUGGCUGCCAUCCACCCCAGCCUGGAGAUCCCCAUGCUAAUUCCUAAAGAAAAGCCCCCAAUCACAGUUGUUGGCGAUGUGGGAGGAAGGAUCGCCAUCAUUGUGGACGACAUCAUCGAUGAUGUUGACAGCUUCCUCGCUGCAGCAGAGACCCUGAAGGAAAGAGGCGCAUACAAGAUCUUUGUGAUGGCGACUCACGGCUUGUUAUCCUCGGAUGCUCCGCGGCUGAUCGAAGAGUCCGCCAUUGACGAGGUGGUGGUUACCAAUACGAUUCCACAUGAAAUCCAGAAGCUCCAGUGCCCCAAAAUUAAAACGGUGGAUAUCAGCAUGAUCCUUUCGGAAGCCAUCCGUCGGAUUCACAAUGGACCCGCACAUUUCUGACGUGUAAUGGCUGUGGCAGGAGAGGAACUCGAGUCCCAGGCUGUGAGCCACGGGGGGCAGGUCAGCGAGUUGGUGUGAGUUGCCACCUGCAUCUCGGCAUGGCUUUGUUCUGCUCCCUGUUCGACAGCACAGCCAUUCUCUGAACAAAACUCACCUGUGCAUGCUCUGGAUGAGGACAUGCUGGAGGGUGGUCACAGAGGGCAAAUGACACGACCCUUGUUAACAUGAGGCCUCUGAGGACCGUCUGCCCUCCAGUUCGGAGUGCAGAACUCAGAACUUCUACAUUGGAGUUUUGUCAGACUCCGGAACACUGGGGCCCCACGAGUUAGGCCAGCACGUUCUCCGGCUAAGCUCAUGUAAUGGCAGUGCCGUCAAAUUCAUGGAGGAAGAGAUUAAGAUUUUCUCACAAAGAAAAGGAUUACUUUUGCUUUUCUUUUUUUCCAAGUCAGCUCCACCCUGCUUUGUGGGGCUUGAACUCACGACCCCAAGAUCAAGCAUGCUCUACUGACUGAGUCAGCCAGGCAGCCCAGAAUCCUUUUUCCUUCCAAAGAAAACCUAAACCUGUGCUUUCUGCCUAUGUUAGAACCCGGAAUAAAAUAGCAUUUGCCUUGGCACAAAAUUAAAGAUGAGUCACUUACCGUUUCUUGCAGCUCCCAAGAGAGAAGCCUGACUCUUGGGGGCUUGCUCUGGAGCAGGUCUGGGGGCCUGCGUGUGCAAAAUCAUCAAGGCCUCUGCUUCUGUCAGCUGCCCUGGGUAUUGGAUGGUCUCCUGCUCAUCUCUCUGUGCUCAUCACAGCCGGCAGUGUCCAGACCCCUCCCGACGCCAUGUCUCAGCCAAACACCCCGUGAUGGUUGUGCUCCUACAGGUGCAUGAAAGGAAGACCUAUUUUGCUAAUCGCAUAACGUAAUACACACUGAUGCUCGGGUCUAAUCAAAGCGGAAGUCUGCAUCGUUAACAUGGCACAUUAACUCUUGGCUUAGAACAGUGCGGCCUUACGCUCUCUCCUUUACAGUUUGCGAGCAUGAUUGUCUUUGCUUUACGAAACCCUUGAAAGUAACCCAAGUUUUCCUUUUAGCUCAAAAAGAAUAAGCUGGCAGAUGUCUACAGGAUGGUGGAAUGGGGAACUCCGAAAGUCCCUUCCUCUAUAAAAAAGAAGAAAUUGGCAGAAACUGUCAGAAUCAACAUUAUUGGGACUCUCGAAAAUAACCAAAAGUUUAUGGCAACCCAGAAAAUUGUUAGUCAAACCAAACCACUCCACCACCACCAACAGACGGCUGAAUCUUGACAAAAUUGCUUUGUGGCACUUUAACUUACCCCCGGUCCCAUUUGUUACCUGCUUCCUGGCAGCCUUGAAGACAGUGGCCUGCAUUCCUGGUACGUGUUCCUGGUACCAGUGGGAGUAGAAUACUGUUCUCACAGAACCGUGGUUAUUUGUUUGGGCCUGUUUCCUGGCUCCUCGAAGGAUGGCUCAAAGGACUUGCCUUGGUUUUACCCAACUCAGAACUCUUCAGAGCAGAGGGACAGUUGUUGAAAAAGUAUAAAGGCAAAUGUAUCAGCCACUCCUGUUGGGGCAAACAAUGAGACCAUUAAAGGCUUGGGAGGAAAGGCUAGAGAAUGAGAUACAUCAGGGGUUGGGGGGAAAAGGACUUUACAAAGGUCCCGUAUGUUCCUGGGGCUGUGAAGGGCACGGGAUUGUACAGGGCUGAGCACGUGCCUGGAAAAGACCCAAGAAAGCCUUAAACUCUCACUUCGGGCUGACCUUCGGGCUCUGUGCAAGCAUGAAGUGUGGGCUAAAGCAGAAUUAUAGUCUGUCUGUCUGAGCGUCGACGGUGCGGCCCAAGACAGCAGCCCUCCUGCAGAGUGGGUGAUUUUCCUUCCUCCUCCCCUCCCUCCCCUCCCACCUUCCCCUUUCCCCUUCCCCUUCCCCUUCUCUUGUUUUCAGGCAUUUAAGGAAGGCUAUGAUGACUCACCAUUCAGCUGACUGAACAGAGAUUUCAGUUACCAUACAUGACGAUACAGACUUCACAAACAGUUGAGAAACGCCACCAAACAGGCAACUACAAGCAGCAAUAAACCCUGGGGGAGGAGGAGACUCUGAUUCCAGACUUCCCGUUAUAAAAAAUGCCCAGUUAUCAACCAAAAAAGUUCUGAGGCAUGGAAACACACAAGGUUGGGCCCAUACACAGGAAAAAAACUUAGAAGAACCCAUGCUUGAAGAAGUAUACACAUAUUUACUAAAGACUUUAUUUUUUUAUGUAUUUAUUUUGAGAGCGAGAAAGUACGAGUGGGGAAGGGACAGAGAGGAGAAAACGAGACUCCCAAGCGGGGAUUCUGUCAGUGCAGAGCCCAACACGGGGCUCGAACUCAUGAAUUGUGAGAUCAUGACCUGAGCUGAAAUCAGGUGCUUAGCUGACUGAGCCACCCAGCUGCCCCUUUACUAAAGACUUUAAAUCAAUGAUUUUAAAUACACUCAAAGAGCUAAAGGAAAUCAUGAGAAUGAUGUCUCACCAAAUAGAGCAUAUCAGUAAGAAAUAA